CUCUCUCUCGAUCUCUAUCUCUUUUCUGAAGCGUCACUGUCUUCAAUAUAGUAUCUUUGAAAUGGCUGCUCAGCAAAACAGAGGGAGAGCAGAUGAUGCUAUUUUCCUUGCAGACAUGUUCCUUGCUCAAACCAAAGCAAAGCAAGCGAAGGACAAAGCAACAUCUGCUAAAGGUAAUAAAUGCAAUGUCCGAUGGGUGGAGAGAGAUGCUAAAGGACGUCCACUGCUAAAAAGAAGCAGAAGUGGAGAGACACGAAAACGUGCUUCAGCUACAGUUGUUUCUGUGGUUGGCAGUGAGGACGUGACACCUUUUGAGUCAUCUGAGGAGGUCCCCACAGUUACACAAUCAAACUGCUCUCAACACUUAUUUGACAUUGAGAUGCAGAAACUGCAGGAUGUUCUGACCUCAGCAGACGUUCAAGGCACCAACAAGUCCCCUUCAACAUCCACAUCAUGGUGCUUGCGCCAAUCUGUAGCCCAAGACGAGUGGAGGAAAGCAAGGUCUUUUCAUAUCAACUGUUUGCUGUUCUGCAAUGUGGCUCCAGAAAAGAACUGCAGCCACUGCACGUCUCCUGCCGUCAUUCGCUGCAGAGACUGCAUGCCACAAGAGUGGCUGUGUAUGGAUUGUGACACGCACAUACACAAAAAACUCACCCUCCAUAACAGGGAGUCCUGCAUUGAGGGAAUUUACAAGCCCAUUGAGCCAACAGUGUGCUGUGUAAAAAAAGAUGGCAAAUAUACACUGGUCAAUCAAGUAUGUUUAUUACCUACAGUGAGACCUGUCCAGUUAUGCACUUGCGACCCUUCAAAUUUCACAGAAUCAGCUGGCAGAGCAAUCAUUUUGGUUUGCAUAAAUGGUCGGUAUGACUUGCACUUGCCAAGCUUGUUGUGUAGAUUAUGUCUGGCUCAUUGGACACCUGACAUGAGCGACCUAAUAAGAAGUGGGUACUGGCCAGCAUCUGUGAAUGCAGACACGCUUUUUUCAGUCGAUGUCUUCAGUACAUUUGAAGAAAUGAAAACUGUUGCACCAGGAUUAUCGAGACAAGGUUUUUUGCGGAUGUUGGAGAGAAGGACUUGUCUGUUUGGAAGGGCUGGGAAAAUACAUGGAGACGUCUUUCAAAGAAGCUUCAUGGAAUACACAUUCUGCCAGUACCAGUGUGAAGAAAUGGCCAGUGUAGAGCACUUCACCUGCCCGGCUUGUACACCUAACAUGCUCGCUCUUUGUGCAGACGGCAACAGAAAAGUGUACCGAUUUCGGCAGUCAAAAGGGUCAGAGGAACCCUAUUUUGAUGGCACCUUCAUUGCCAAGGACACUGACGUACACCAUUUUGUUGAUGAGAUCAGGAGUAAAAUGAAAAGUACUGCCGGCAAAGGGAUCUGUGGAGCCAGUCAGUGGUCUGCUGCACGUGAAACAGCCAGAAAAGCAAGCAAACUGGAUGAAGAGGGCCUUGAGGUGGUUGUUUGCAGACACGGAGUGCUACUCAAGGCUCUUAACAUGUACAGGGGGGGAAUAUUUGCUUAUCCGCUGUACCUGCAGAAGGAUCUCCAAGCAGCCACAAACGGGCAGUUCUAUUGCACAGAUAUUGCUUGCAAGUAUUGGCCUUAUCUCGAGAAGUUGGCAGUCUCCAUGUUGGAACUCAGACCUUUACUGCAGAUGAGACCAUUCCUUUCUGUCAUGCAUGCCAAGGCUCAUUCAACCAAGUGUGAGAUAAUCUGGAGUGGCAAAAAUCAGGAAGGUGCUGGCACAACUGCUGGGGAGGAGGUCGAAAUGGUAAACAGCUACCUGUCUCGUUGUGCCCUCACAACCAAGUACAUGACAAAAUCUGCCAGAAAUGACAUGCUAACUAUCCAUGCAAUUGGAUGGAACCGACGGAAGCUGGAAGGCCUUCAUUUCACACUAUCCAGCAGAUACAUCAAGACUCUCAAAAAGGCUGAGGCUGAGUCUCAGAGACUGGAGAGUUUGAGCAGUGAGCUGGGGUGUCCUGAGAAUGUCGUGCAUCAGUGGGUAGAUGAUGUCAGACAAUGGGCUACUGACGAUUCUGGUACCAGAUGUGAUGGCCGAUUUGAACGUCAGAAAUCUAUUGAACAAAUGUUUCUUGGUGUUCAUCAAAAAAAAGCCAGCCUUUAUAAUCAGACUGACAGCAACAAAGUUCGACACUUGCGUCGAAGAAAAUUGUGGGAAGAGAAGAGAAAACUCUUGGAAACAAUCAAGCUCUACAAUGAGCAGGUGGCAGAUGAGGAGCGCAUCAUUGAAGAGAAGGUGGAGACCGGGCUCUCUGUGGGAGGAGACAGUCUAAUUUGGCCUUGGGAAGUGCACAGCAGUGAAUCCAGUAACAUUCUCACCAAGAAGAAGAUUUUUGAUGUGUACAUGUCAAAAGUUCGCCUUCAAGAGGAAAAGAUCAUUGUGAUGAGGGAGAUGAGACAGCACUGCACCUGUCUCAGAAAGCUGUCUGGAAACAUUAGGACAAGGAUAUCCGAAAUGUCUUUGGUCAGAAACAGUGGCAGUUUAAGUGAAGAGGGUCAUGGUGGGCUACUGAGUCUUCUUCAGAAAAGGCUUGCAGAUGUGGAGGAGAAGUUCCAAGUCAUAUGCUCAACUUACAGCCUGGCUUUAGGACCGAAUGCUGCUUCUCUGCUGGAGAAUGAUCCCGAGGAGAUACCAGAGGACCAUGAAGAAGUUGAUUAUGAGAGUUCAGAUGACAGUGAUUUUGAAGCAGUAUAAAUGAGUGCUUAACUGUUAGGAUGUGUUUUCGACUAUAUGUCAAUUACAGUAUAACUAGACUGCAGGUGUGUUUCAAGGAAAACAAAAAACUUUUUGUAGUGUAAUGUGUCUGAUACAGUGCUAAUAUUUUGCAGAAUUGUUUCCAGCAACAUAUUCACAACAAUAUGUUGAGUAAGCAACAUUAGCUUCAUAGAUGGAUAGACAUUUUUUUACAUGAUUCUCCAAAACUCUGUUUACACACAGCAGGUCGGUUUUAAAGUUUCACCUUCAAUUUAGUUUCGCAGACUAUUUUUGCAGUUAACUGUGGCGCUCCUCAAGCUUGCGAAUGACUGCAGCCUCUUGCAGUGGUGACUUCCCCAAGCUUUGCCCAUCUAAUAGUGUCAACAUAAUGACCUUUUCUGUGCAAAAAUUUUAUUUACAGUGAUGUAAUAGUUUGAUUGUUUUAUACUCUAUACACCUAAAUAAUGCUAUUCACAGUGAUUGUUGAUACUUUUGGAAUGAACCAUUUAUUACAUGGCACUAGAUUAAAUACUUUACAGAAAUGAUUGAUCAAUUCUUGUGUCUUAAGUGUAUUAUUUCCUGUUGUUAUUGCGUCUGUUACCUUGCCAACAAAGUGAAUUUACCAUGGCAUUACUUCAGGUAUAUAUAAAACUAUAAAACCAUGUUGUACAUGCCUGCAAACUAUUUCAGAGCUGUUGAUUUGUUUGUCUCUGUCCUGCAAAAUAAGAUAUUCAGUUACUGAUUUUUCUUUUUUAUCUUAAAAUUGUGUGCCAGUUGUAUGCAGGGUAUAUAACUAAAAAUAAUCACACAAAAAUAACAUUUCCACAUGUUAAUUGUCAAGUAAGUAUAGGGUUAUGUGUUUUAUUUAUUAAUUAAUUUGUAAAUUAUAUCCAUAAUUAAGACACAUUUUUCAUUAUCCUGGUGCACAACUCUGGAUACAAUAAUUAACACUAGACAACUUGUAUCCGCUUACAAUCAUAGAGGUUA